AUGUCAGACUGGAAAUCCUCGCUAAACAUGCCAGCCAAAGACACAAGGCCGCAGACAGAAGAUGUCCUAACAACCAAUGGAAAAACGUUUGAAGACUUCAACUUGAAAAGAGAAUUGUUGAUGGGCAUUUUCGAGGCCGGGUUUGAGAAACCGUCUCCCAUCCAAGAAGAAUCAAUCCCCAUGGCGCUUGCCGGAAGAGACAUUUUGGCAAGAGCUAAGAACGGAACAGGCAAAACAGCAUCGUUCGUCAUUCCAGCGUUGCAACAGGUGAAGCCUAAACUCAAUAAAAUUCAAGCGUUGAUCCUCGUGCCCACAAGAGAGUUGGCGUUGCAGACAUCCCAGGUGGUCAGAACGUUGGGCAAACAUUUAGCUAUUCAGUGCAUGGUCACCACGGGUGGUACCAACUUGCAAGAUGACAUUUUGAGAUUGAACGAGCCCGUGCAUGUACUUGUGGGUACCCCUGGCCGUGUGUUGGACUUGGUUUCCAGAGAUAUUGCCAACUUGGGCGAGUGUCCACUUUUUGUCAUGGAUGAGGCAGACAAGAUGUUGCUGAGAGAGUUCAGAAACGUCAUUGAACAGAUUCUUUCCUUCUUUCCCAAGGGCAGACAGUCCCUUUUGUUCUCCGCCACUUUUCCCUAUGCCGUCAAGUCGUUUAUGGACAAACACUUGACCAAGCCUUAUGAGAUCAACUUGAUGGAUGAGUUGACGUUGAGAGGUAUCUCUCAAUUCUACGCUUUCGUUGAAGAAAAGCAGAAAUUGCACUGCCUCAACACUCUUUUCAGCAAAUUGCAAAUCAACCAGUCUAUCAUUUUCUGUAACUCCACCAACAGAGUCGAAUUGUUGGCCAAGAAAAUCACCGAAUUGGGCUACUCGUGUUACUACUCCCAUGCAAAAAUGCCCCAGCUGGCCAGAAACAAGGUGUUUCACGAAUUUAGACAAGGCAAAGUCCGUAACUUGGUCUGCUCUGACUUGUUGACCAGAGGUAUCGACGUUCAAGCUGUGAACGUUGUCAUCAAUUUUGAUUUCCCAAAGACUGCAGAAACCUAUUUGCAUAGAAUUGGUCGUUCCGGUAGAUUUGGUCACCUAGGUUUGGCCAUCAAUUUGAUGUCUUGGAACGAUAGAUACAAUUUGUAUAAGAUUGAACAGGAAUUGGGUACCGAGAUCAAGCCUAUUCCUGCUCAAAUCGACAAGUCCCUAUACGUCAACGAGGACGAGGAGACUAUUCCAAAGCCUUUCAAGCUCGAUCAGUUACCUAAGACAAAGGACAACGCCAGGAAUGGCUACGAAUACCAGGGCCAACCGCUGAUGCCACCUCAAAAUGUUCCUCCUCAGGGAGCACCUCAUCAAGUUCCACUCCCGCAAGUCCCUCAACAAUCGCAACAUCUGCAAUACCCCAUACAGAAUGCUUCACAGCUGCAACAACCACAGCAGCCACAACAGCCUCAACAAUCGCAGCAGCCCCCACACCUUCAAUUCCCAGGGCAAAUGCCAGGUCCACAGGGUGGUCAGUUUCCUCACGGAAUGCCUCAGUACCCACAGUAUGGUAUCCCCCCGCAAUAUGGUUACCCCGGCCAUAUGCAAAGUCCACCGCAAUUCAAUGGUCACCCACCACAGUUCAAUGGGACAGCUCAGCAAAAAUGA